ACACACACACACACACACACACACACACACACACAUAUAUAUACAUAUAUAUUCAAUUUGGUGUAAACAUGCACAGGGAUCCUGCUCUGCUACACUUGUUUCAUUAGUAUUUUCCACGAACAAUUUAUUAAACUUUUUUAAGUCCCCAGUCGUGACAUAUUCCGCUGGGACGCACUGAAAUAUGUUUGGUGUUUUUUUUGUUUGUUUCUUAAAUAUAUCUGAAUCUGACCAACCAAGAUAGCUACAUGUUUCCACCCGGAGGCAUUUUGGCAACGUACCUGAAAAAACGACCGGGCUUGCGCACUAGGAAGUGCGGAGAAAUUGGUGUGCCUUUUUUUUUUUCAGCUGAGUUGGCUCAUGUCAAAAGCUGGUGAUUUGUUGUGCUUGGUAUUUAUCCUGCCCGGGAUAAAUUGCUCCCAAAGUGCGGAGUAAUAAUCUGCCAGCGGCAGUGCGUCCCAUCUUUGAAAAUGCCCCGGAGAAAGGUAAGGGCAGAGGAUGUUUGCUGCAGACUGCAGCUCGGACACACAACAACAUCACGUCAUAGCUAAUGUUAGCCGACGUAGAGGUAACAUUCAAGUUGUGUGUGAAAACCGCCUGCGAGCUGAAAUGCGACACAACCGGACGCCGUCAAUGAGUUUGACUUAAGGAACGUGUUCAAUAUCAGUGUUGGUGAAAUCACUCAACUGAGCUGCCGACUUGUGUUUUUGCUAAAAGCUAAGCUAGCUCAUGUUUAAUGCCGAGUUGCAUGAUUGUUCCGUCGUUUAUGAAGUGUCUCUUCUUUGUGGUACAGAAAGGAAGGACUUUGAACGUUUGGGCUUUGCGACAUUAGAUUUCUACGAACGGCUGACAGACGCUGACCCGGGUUAAGUGUGAUAACGGCGGCGUUAACUGAUAGGAACGGGUUGUUCUUUGGGGUGCGAGGACGAAGCGAAGCGUCCCUACCAAAACAACGCUGUGAUUGGCCAGAAUCAUGAAGGUGUGGUGUUCAUUGGUUCGGCUCCCCCAGUCACCGCCGCCUCUUAAAUUUGAUUGGUCGUAUGCAAAUGUGCGCCUAUUUUCUUGUGAAGUUGUCAAAUAACGCGCGUUAGUUAAUGUGCGUUAGUGGGGCAUCCGGUUGCUUCACAACCGGUUGUCGCCUGACCAUUUGAUAUAUAGUUCGUUUUCGUUUUUCUCGGCUGUGAAAAUGUAUCUUACUUUUUAAUAGUAUUAAAAAUAGCCCAACAGCGAUGCUAUCAAUAUCAUUUUGCACAAAUUAGUCCAAUGCAAUGCACUAAAAACAUUGGUAUGUGUACCGGCUUAGGGUAUUGCAUUAUACACACACACACACACACACACAGACACACACACACACACACAUACACACACACACACACACACACACACACACUCUUCACCCAUCUGUUUCUAUUGCUGCUGUAUCAACCACCGCCCCCCCCCAAAAAAUGAAAAAAAGAUUUUAUUUUGGUGUUACAUUAUUAUUAAAGUUAAUAUAAUAGUAAGAUAUCCCAAAUAUUCGUCACCGUUUCAGAUAUAUAAUUGGACCGAAACAGGAUUGCUGUUCAAUAUCUUGAAAAUUGCGUGUAGCGAGUGAAAUACAUAUAAAUGUAUAUAUAUAAUAAAAUAUAUGAACGUUAAUAUUCAUUCACCGUAUGAAUGACAUUGUAUUACACCACAGAUAGCCCCAUAGUGACACGUUUGAGCAGAUAGGACGAGCGAUGCCCCCGGUACGUUAUUUCUGAAAUGCAAAUGACAUGUUGGCUGCUGCUCCUCACCCCACCCCCACCUAGCCGGUGGUGUCGGGUGAGCCCCUCAUACGCCUCAGUCAUCAGCAUCACCCCUCUCAUUCCGUAUGGGCAGCCUGUUUUUUUCAAAAAACCAUGCUGCAAAUACGUUCAUGGGACAUUUUAAUCAGAUAAUUUGAUUUUCACUGAUUAUCAGACCCUCCUGGAAAUAACAGAGAGCCGACUCGACAGACUGCAGCCUGGGAAUUCACGCGGAAGUUGCAAACCGGGCGCCGUGAUUAAACUGGGGUUGGUACAAUGGAUGCGCUCGGCUUCAUUCGAGCAGUGUCCGCCGCCACGCCGGUGUCGCGCUCGUGUUGAGUGCUUAUCGACAAGCCCAUCGCGAGGAGAGUCGGUGCAGAGCCGGAGGAGAUGUGAAUUGGGUGACGUGCUCCCCCCCUAGUAUGGGAUCUCUGUUGAAUUAUCCGCUGAGGACCGCAGGCAGCAGCUCGGACGGGACUGAGGACUCGGAUUUUUCCGCCGACCUCGAACACGCCGAGGUUUCCGAGAGCGCGCACAGGCGCAGCAGCACGCGCCUGACCCGCGCGUCGCUGCGCCUCAGUCGGAGCUCUCAAGAUAACUGCAGCUCAGUGCGGAGCAGUUCUCCUGCAGCUGUGGCUCCGGACGAAGCCCUGGAUUCAGCAGCAGCAGCAGCAGCAGUGACAGCAGUGGCAGCGUCGGUCUUCUCCUCCGGGCGCAGGGUCACACGCAGCCAACAGGUGGCGACAAACACCACAGCCAAAAGAUACCCCCUGCGCCAGAGCAGGUCGUCUGGCUCAGACACAGAAGCUAAUGACCUAAAGCAGAGUGAGGACCGCGAUGAGACCCCUCCCCGCACCCCAACAGGCAACGCCCCAUCCUCGGAGUCCGACAUCGAGGUUUCCAGCCCAAGCAACGACCUUGUAUCUUCCAGCAACGAUAUUGUAGUUUCACAGGAGGAGGACGAGAGAUUGGCCAAAGAGCUGUCGCUCAAAGAGGCCGCCGCUCACGACCUUUCCCACCGGCCAAAGCGACGGCGCUUCCAUGAGAGCUACAACUUCAACAUGAAAUGUCCCACACCUGGCUGCAACUCCCUGGGUCAUCUAACAGGGAGGCAUGAGAGACAUUUCUCCAUAUCAGGAUGUCCUCUUUACCACAACCUGUCUGCUGAUGAAUGCAAGGGCAAGGCAUCGACUCGUGACAAACAGACUGAGGAGAGGACACUGUCACACCGUCAGGACGAGAACAGACAUUCCACAAGAAACCAGGCUCCAACAGAGCGUCAGCUACGCUACAAGGAGAAAGUGACGGAGCUGAGGAGGAAGAGGAACUCUGGACUGAAUAAGGAGCAGAAGGAUAAGUACAUGGAGCACCGUCAAAGCCACGGGACGAGCCGGGAGCCGCUGCUGGAGAACAUCACCAGUGACUACGACCUCGAGCUGUUCAGGAAAGCGCAGGCACGUGCCUCGGACGACCUUUCCACAAACCCUCCUCUGCAGCCAAAGGAGGAGUCUGAGAUAUUUUUGGACAAGCUCCGUCUGGCCGGUCAGGUGUCGGAGGGCAGCAACAUGAUUAAGACCAUCGUGUUCGGUCGCUAUGAGCUGGACACCUGGUACCACUCUCCCUAUCCGGAGGAGUACGCUCGCCUGGGGAGGCUGUACAUGUGCGAGUUCUGCCUUAAGUAUAUGAAGAGCCAGACCAUUCUGCGCAGGCACAUGGCUAAGUGUGUGUGGAAGCAUCCCCCAGGCGAUGAGAUCUACAGGAAGGGGAACAUCUCUGUCUUUGAGGUGGAUGGAAAGAAGAACAAGAUUUACUGCCAGAACUUGUGUUUGCUGGCCAAACUCUUCCUGGACCACAAGACUCUGUAUUACGAUGUUGAACCUUUCCUCUUCUAUGUCAUGACUGAAGCUGACAACACGGGGUGCCACCUUGUCGGAUACUUCUCUAAGGAGAAGAACUCUUUCCUGAACUACAACGUGUCCUGCAUCCUCACUAUGCCACAGUACAUGAGGCAGGGUUACGGCAAGAUGCUCAUAGACUUCAGUUACCUGUUGUCAAAGGUGGAGGAGAAGGUGGGCUCACCCGAGCGCCCUCUGUCUGACCUGGGUCUUAUCAGCUACCGCAGCUACUGGAAGGAGGUGCUGCUGCGCUACCUGAACAACUUCCAGGGCAAGGAGAUCUCCAUCAAAGAGAUCAGUCAGGAGACGGCAGUGAACCCAGUGGAUAUCGUGAGCACACUACAGUCGCUCCAAAUGCUCAAAUACUGGAAGGGAAAGCACCUGGUUUUAAAGAGACAGGACCUUAUUGACGACUGGAAGGCCAAGGAGACCAAACGGGGUAACGGAAAGACCAUUGAUCCCACAGCCUUAAAAUGGACACCGCCUAAAGGGACGUAGAGAAGCUUCCUUUCACACUCCAAAACCCUAAAACACACAAACACAGUCAAAUCCUCCUCUGUACACUGGCAUGCUCACACACCCUGAGCCUAAACUCUCACACGCACCUCUGUACAAAAUGCUUUCUGCAGCUACAGCAUAGUCACCCACUUUACACAUGACAUCUACACAUUACUCUGGGUUCAAGCAGUCACUGUCAUGGCUCGGGAAGCUGACUUCAGUCCAACAAAUUAAAAAUUGAUUGAUAUAAUUCACAUACCAAGAUCAAGCAAAAGUUCAAAUUAAAAAUUGAACAGGAAAAAAAUGUGUAGGAAAAAUACAUGAGAAGUUGGUUAAAACAUGGUUAACUAAUGAUGUUUAAUGAAAGAUAAAAAAAAUUUAAAAAAAACUAAUUGUAACCUAAGUGUGGUUUUAGAUUUACUUGAAGGAAUGAGCAAACUAGUACACUACAGUUUAGUGUUUACAUUCAGCUCACACAUGUAGCCACUGGCUAUUAAUCACUAAAAUUAAGGCAAUACAUCACAUGGCUGCCACAUGCUUAGAGAAAAAGUAAAGCUUCCUAGAUUACAUUUUGCCUUGUCACUACUGUCCUUCAAGCCUUUGUUGCUCUUUGAAACAGACAGAUUUGUUUUCAGUUAUUUCUCAAAUUGUUUAUUUAAUAUUUCUCACAAUUUAUUUAUUAUAUUAGACAUAAUAUCAUUCAAAACACUUAUUUUUUUUAGAUUCUAGGUAAUAUCAAACACUUUGGGGUAUCACAGUGGACAAGUUAGACUAAGAUUCUUGUCAACGGACAGCAUGACUAGGAUAUAAAGUUAUGGGCCACAGUAGCAGCCAAUGAGGUCAGUCUACGUAGGAUGGCCGGCUGACAUCUCCUCAACCUCAUUUGUUAUCUGAAAAGUGAAAGUAAUUGUUAGCGCGCCUCCUUCCAGACACUCCGUUAGCACAGACCACCAGGCACACCCAACUAAUCCAAUCUUCCAGCGGCAGGUAUGAAACCUGUGCUGCACUUCAUUCUGUUCUCGAGACAGAACGCAGGUCGGCAGCACGCUGACGCAUGCGGCGAGUUUAGGGAGACAGACCAGCUGUGAUUAUCAGCAUCAGGAUCGUAAGAAUAGGAACCCAGACCUCGAUUUACCAUCCGGUUCGUGAAUAUAUAGUGAGUUCUCACACAAACUGGUCUUUAAAAUGAAUUUGCACAUUACCCCUAUUAGAAUAUUACAAAUAAAUUGACAAUUUUGUCAUUUCACACAUUGUUUUUAUUCACAAUGUGAAGAGGGGGCACAUGAUCAGCUGUAAGGAGUGAUGUAGUGUUAUACUGUUUAUCCAGUCAUCUGAAGUUGGUACAAUUUUGGUCUGGAAAAAGUUUAAUGGUUGAACUAGUAUGAAGAGCUCAGAUGGUCUCGGGUCACGUCUUUAAAUCUUUACAGAUUCUCUAUUUGUGUUAAAACAAACAAAUGGCAAAAGGACUCAACAGUGACUGUUUGAACUCAAAUCCAUUCUUCUCCUCUCUUCUCUCUCUGCAACAAAUGUACAUUGUGUCCAGUAUGUAACCUAUCUUUCUCAGUAGUUAGUUGGUUAACUAGGAAGCUAUAGCUGCCAUCGGCCGUUUUCUGUCCCAUCCUGUUAUGUUACCAGGAUGUUUUGUGACCACCUGUGCCCCCCCACCCCUGUUUUUUGUCUUCGUGUCGAGACGUCCACACUUGUAUCCUGAGCAGUGAAGGUACGUGGGGAAUCUCGGCUGCUUCGAGUGUGGGAGCUCACAAACAUGUUACUGUGUUUCCCCGUGUUCUUUGUGUUGACUUUGUUAAAGUUCUCAAUGAUAUUUUACACUUUUUCUACCUCUAAGGUUUUACCACUGUAUAAAAGCUACAGCCCAUUUUUACCAUGUUCUGUUUUCUGUUAACGUGAUAAUAUGUAGCUGUGUUUGGCCAGCAACGUUUUUUUCCCAUUAGAUUUUUUUUUAAUUUUUUAAAAAUAUAUAUGCUAUUUAUAUUCUUUAAAAAAAAAAGGACAUGUUAAUUGCGUAGAACGUACAGUAACAGACAAAGUCUGGUAGAAGAAUGUCUACUCUAUAGGACCGGCUGUCUUGUGAAUAGAAAUAUUUAUUUAAAAUUUAUAUGUAGAUUUUAAUGUGUUCAGAAGCUCUUGGAAGGUACAAGACUCGCCAACGACUAAUACAACAAUAGAAGUCAUUUUCAUUUCAAGGGUUUAUCUCCGGCUAUCAGAAGCUAUUGAAUCAAGAUGUGUCCCCUUUGCACAUUGUCACUAUUUGUUCACACCACUGUUACUGCUCCAAUCAUUGAGGAAAAUACAAGCACAUCCUUCAUGCCUAAGACCAGUUAGAAUGUAGAAUGGUCGGCAGCCUUUUUUAUGUUUUGAUUUGCGUAGCCCACUGCGUUAUACCAGCUGAAUUUAUUUCAUUAACAUUCUCAAUAUUUAUUGAUUAAGGUUAACAUGUUCAUUUUUGUUUGCAUCGUUGUGGAUUUGUUAACAAUUUGGUAAAUUUGCAUAUUCUCUUUCUUGUUGAAAGUUGAUACUGCUCUCAGUAAUGUCAAACUAUUCCUUUAAACUUUGUGCAGAUAAGCUUAGACAGCGGCUGGCUGGGAAAUUGGAGGUGUGACGCCAACAAUGUCAGAGUAAAUCAUCUUUUUCAUCAAAGCUUUUUUUCGUUUUGCAGCUUCAGUGUUACAAUUUCAAACGCAGAUGAACGAUUUUCUCUCACUAACUACAGACAUGUUGUUGUUGUUCUUUUCUUCUUCUCUUCUGUUGCCUUUGACGUGCGUAAGGUUAAAGACGUUCUUCUCUGUUUCUUAUUUUCUUUUACAGUGAUCUUUUCUUUCUGCCAUCUAGGAAUGAAUACGUCUGUGUUUUACCUGUUUAUAUUCUCUUUAAUCCUGUGAUUGGUGUCGCCGUCUUUUUUCAAUUCUCACUCGAGGGCGUUCACAAGUCAUGUCACUGACCGGUCAAUACCAACAACAGUUUAUGCCUUUCAGACGACUACAAUUAUCCUUUUAGCACUCGUUCUCAAUAAACCUCUCUGAAAAUGUGCUACUGAUCAAACUUAUUGUUGGGAGUGUGGGGAGUGUUUUUUUGUCGUUGUCCCCUGCGCAAUCGUUUAUUCACAGGAAAGUGCACUUAUUUCGGAGGGAAUUUCAAAGUAAAAGUCUGUCCCUAAAACACAACAACUUCCCAUAUGUGACUGGGGUAAUUUAAAAAUGUGCUCUUAUUUUUGUUGCGGCCAUGUUGAGAUAUUCUGUUCAAAGUAUGAGGGAGUGAUCUCUGCUUUCAGUGCCUCUGAAUUAAAGAGGACGGGCAUUUUUUUUUAAACUCUUUUUUCAUUUUAUUUCCAAAUAUCAUUGAUAUUUACCAGUAAUACAGGGAAUAGAUCAUAAUAAUUGGCAUAUACUCCCUCAAUUACAGAAAAUGGACCUGAACAAUUUCUCGACUGACAGAGAAAACCGUAGUGACAACGCUUUGUCCAAAAACACAUCUGGAAUGUGUUGCACAUUGGACAUAUCCUUUAAGAUGAGCCCCUUAUAGGGAAAUCGGUCUGUCUUGAUGUGGCAGUCUGUUUUAAUUUCCGUCAUUUGUCUUGCCGUCGUUCCUCUGUGCCAGUGGCAGCUAUAGAUCGGCAGGUUUCAGAGCCCCUUGCUGGUUAUUAACGCGUCCGAACGGGAUCACAAGUUACUUAGAGAAACGAGAGGAAUUCCAUCGCCUUCCACAGGCCAGCGAGCUGUUGUAGUGCCGCUACCUAUUUAAACUACGUGCACAAAAGCAGCGUGGCAUUGAUGUGUAGCUCAGUUCUUUUUUGUAUUUGCUUUCCCUGCAUUACUUCCUCUUCAAUAAAUGCAAAAUGGUGA